AUGAUGUCUGAAGAUGCGCCGCCUUCAAAACAUGCCAAGGAAACAAGUAAUUUUUUUUAUUUUGAAUUUUGUCUUAACGUUCAAAGGGAUGAUUCCACUCCUUAUGAUUUUACAGAAGUAUCCAUGCCACCUCCAAAUAAUGAAAUAGCUGAGUUGGAGCCAGUUCAGGAGGACCAAAAUGAUGAUACGAUCAAUGGCAAUACACGGACAAAAAUAUGCACAAAGUAAUAGAAAUGUUCCGUGAUUUAAUCUGAUUUUAGUCCGGAGAUGGCCCAGAUUGCGGCAAAAGUAGAGUCCUUCAAGAACUGGACCGUAAAUAGAUUCAAGACUACAAAACAAUCGGUGUUCGAACAACUUGGAAAAGUAAAUGCCCUAUGAAAAUCGAUCUUAUUUAAUUUAGGUAGAAAAAACGGUGGACAGUGACAUGGAUCAACGGAUAAACAACCUCAAAGACCUCCACAAUCGCUAUAAAGAUGUACUUAAUGCAGCGAAAACAUAUUCAGACCAUAUCCAAGCUCUUAACAACUCUCAACGAAUCCUUUCCGAGUCUUUAUAUCAGCUAUCGCUCAAAGAAAACGACCUCAAACAAACCCUGACAGACCGAAGUGAAGUUCUCCGCUCGUUUAGUCAUAAUGGAGAUGCUUUAAUUAAAUCGAUAGGACAUUUUGUGUCCUCGUUGGAGACUUUGAGCAAUAAGACUAUCAAAGAUACGAUGUGGACCAUCCAGGUUUAUGAACAGGUAUUGUCAAUACAAAUAGGCUAUAUAGUUCAAUUUAAGGCUCGAUUGGAGUUCGAUGUGUAUAGACAUGAGCUGAGCACUUUAAAACAGAACGUCGAUGCUGAUCAAACCAAGAUUCCUGAUGUGGAAAGUAGAUGUAAUGAACACAAAAAGAAGUAUGAACAACUGAAAGAAGAUGUCCGGGUGAGUCAUUUUCUUCCAUUUCCAGGUUUUGAUUGUCAGUGUAAUAGAGAAGGUGGUUCCAAUUACCUUUACGAUUGAUUUUAUUGAUUUCGGAUAUGAAUCUUGGCCACUUUUUGUCUGAUUUAUGCUCGAAUUGGAUCCCCCGCUUCUAUUUUUGAUGUCAUAUUAAUCUUCGCUGUUCCUCAUCCUACGUUCCUCUCUCUCUAGUUUUCACGGUUUUUGACGGGAUUAUCUGUUUCAAACUUUUUUCUCUCCAUUUCCAUAAAAUUUAUUAGAAGCAUAUUGCGUUGGACACCCAACCUGUUUGCAGGUGAAAAUAGCGCUGUUAGACGAGAAUCGACUGAAAGUAAUGCGAACACAGCUUAAGCAAUUGGAAGACGGGUUAUCCCACUGGUUUGGGGAGAACAUCAAGACUCUCGAGCAGAGCAGUCCUCGAGAAGCACCCAAUCAUGAUGACUUGACAUUCAGUCGUGGGGAAAUGGAACCAUCCUCCUUCCUGGAACAAUAA